UGCACGGCGUGGUCGUGCAGGAAAGGUGUCGACGCAGGAGAGUUUCAUCGAGACUGGCCUCGCACGUCCAGCGAUGACGAGCGUGGUGCUGCGCUCUAUGCGAGAGGGCGUGGCGGCGUUCGCGCGGUUCAUCCGCCGAGGCUGGGUUUCGGCGACUACCACGUCUAGCGAGCACGUCGACGACCAAGGCAACGAGGCGCGGAACCUGCGAGCCGGGAAUCAUCUGACUGAGGCGCCUUUCAUCUUCAGCAUGAAAUACAUCCAGACUGUCACUGGCGCGUUGAAUCUCACACAAACAUGCCUGUCGAUGGUGCUCUUCAAGUCGCUCUGCUCGCACGCGGAGGAGAGCCUGUCGGCGGUCCUGUUCGCGUUCUCGUUCGUCUACUCCAUCGCGGGACUCUACAUGCUGCUCAACGGCGUCUGCAACGCGCCGUCGUCGUCCGAGACUCCCGGCCACCCUUCCGCGCUGCUGGUGGUGCAGCAACUCUUAUACCAUUGCAUCGGAAGCGUGGUCUUCCUAGUUUGUGGCAUCUAUGUGCUCGUCCGAUACUUCAACGCUUCCAAGGCUCUCGUCGCGUCAGUGGUAUCCCUGGUCAGCGCUGUCGUGCACCUGGCAAACGCCGUCUACGUCUACAGGGGCGACUUUCAACGCUUCAUGGACUCCUUCUGACGAACCCUGGUCCUCCCGCACAGCACAGCG